CCCAAGACUCCUCCCAACAUUGCUGCAAUGUCUGUAACUAAUUUAUCAUGGUUGAAGAAAAAGUCCCAGUCGGUGGAUAUUACAGCUCCAGGGUUCAACCCUUUGGCCGGUGCAGGAAAACAAAUGCCACAAGCCAGUAAGCCCCCUGCACCCAGGACACCCACCAUUGAAGAAGAACAGAACAAUACAGCCAAUGCCCCGAAGCAUCCUUCCCGCAGGAGCGAACUGAAGCGGUUCUACACCAUUGACACUGGCCAAAAGAAGAGCCUAGACAAGAAAGAUGGGAGACGAAUGUCUUUUCAGAAACCUAAAGGGACUAUUGAGUAUACUGUCGAAUCAAGGGAUUCAUUGAAUAGUAUAGCUCUGAAAUUUGAUACAACGCCAAAUGAACUUGUUCAGUUAAAUAAGUUAUUCUCCCGAGCAGUUGUUACUGGACAGGUUUUAUAUGUUCCUGAUCCUGAAUAUGUCUCCAGUGUGGAGAGCUCUCCAUCUCUAAGCCCCAUAAGUCCCCUGUCACCAACAUCGUCCGAGGCUGAAUUUGAUAAGACCACUAAUCCUGAUGUGCACCCGAAAGAAACAACUCCCUCAUCUACUUUUACUGGUAUUCGACCUGCACGAGUUGUAUCUUCAACUUCCGAGGAGGAAGAAGCAUUUACUGAGAAGUUUCUAAAAAUUAAUUGCAAAUAUGUUACCAGAGGCAAGGGCACAGUCAGUGGUGUGCUGCUAGUUACACCCAAUAAUAUAAUGUUUGAUCCACAUAAAACUGACCCCUUGGUUCAAGAGAAUGGCUGUGAGGAAUAUGGUAUCAUGUGUCCAAUGGAAGAGGUGAUGUCAGCUGCAAUGUACAAAGAAAUUUUGGAUAGCAAAAUAAAGGAAUCCUUACCCAUAGAGCUAGAUCAGUUAUCAGGAAGGGACUUCUGCCAUUUAAAGAAAAUGACAAGAAGUAAUACUGAUGAAAUAGACUCAAGAAUUCGUGAUGCGGGUAAUGAUAGUGCCAGCACUGCUCCUAGGAGCACCGAGGAGUCUCUUUCUGAAGAUGUGUUCACAGAAUCAGAACUCUCUCCUGUACGGGAGGAGCUUGUCUCUUCAGAUGAGCUGCGACAAGGUAAAUCAUCUGGUGCGUCAUCAGAGUCUGUGCAGACUGUCAAUCAGAGUGGAACAGAAUGUUUGACAAGCAUAUCAGAGUCGACUACUACUCCUGAUCAGUUAAAAUCUGAUUCUGGCCAUUCCACAAAUGAAGUUGGGGCUCCUUCUCUUAAAACUGAUUUAAAUAAUCUUGAAAUGACCACUAAGGAAGGAGAUCAGGCUACAGAUAAUAUUCAAGAAAUAUCAGGUCCUAAAGAAGAAAGCAUAAAUAUAAAAGGUAAUGCAGACCAGAAUUUUCUUAAUGAGAAUUCAGUACACCAAGAAGAGGAUGAAAAAGAAAGUGUGCCCUGUGGGGAAGCAGCAGAGUUCAAACAAAAGCAAACUGUCAAAGGAAAACAAGGAAAGGAGCAAAAUCAGGACUCAGAGACAGAGGUAGAAGAGCUCCGGAAACUCUGGAAAACGCAUACUAUGCAACAAACUAAACAGCAAAGGGAAAAUAUUCAACAAGUGUCACAAAAAGAGAUUAAACCUAAAAUAGCAACUGUUGAUAGAGAAGGUUCUGCACUUUUAAAAGAAAAGAAAAGGCAUCAGUUACAUAAAUUCUUAUGUCUCAGAGUUGGAAAACCAAUGAGGAAAACAUUUGUGUCCCAAGCAAGUGCAACAAUGCAACAAUAUGCACAGAGAGAUAAGAAACAUGAAUAUUGGUUUGCUGUGCCACAAGAAAGGUCAGACCACUUAUAUGCCUUCUUCAUUCAGUGGAGUCCAGAAAUAUAUACAGAAGAUACUGGUGAAUAUACUAGAGAACCUGGAUUUAUAGUUGUAAAAAAGAUGGAAGAAUCUGAAACAAAUGAGGAUUCUACUAAUGAAGCAGCAGCCAGAGAAUGGGAGGUAGUGUCAGUGGCUGAGUAUCACCGCAGGAUCGAUGCUCUAAAUACUGAAGAACUGCGCACACUCUGCAGACGUCUCCAGAUUACUACAAGGGAAGAUAUAAAUUCAAAGCAGAUUGCUCCAGUGAAAGCAGACCUGGAGUCUGAAUCUUUUCGACCAAACCUAAGUGAUCCCAGUGAACUCUUACUGCCAGAUCAAAUUGAAAAGCUUACGAAGCAUCUUCCACCAAGAACAAUUGGCUAUCCAUGGACUCUUGUUUAUGGUACCGGGAAGCAUGGCACAAGUUUGAAGACCCUUUAUCGAACAAUGAUAGGUUUAGACACCCCAGUGCUGAUGGUGAUUAAAGAUAGUGAUGGGCAGGUUUUUGGUGCAUUAGCAUCUGAGCCUUUUAAAGUGAGUGAUGGCUUUUACGGUACUGGAGAGACCUUUGUUUUUACAUUCUGUCCAGAGUUUGAGGUCUUUAAGUGGACAGGAGAUAAUAUGUUUUUUAUCAAAGGAGACAUGGAUUCCCUAGCCUUUGGUGGUGGAGGGGGGGAGUUCGCCCUUUGGCUCGAUGGAGAUCUCUACCAUGGAAGAAGCCAUUCUUGUAAAACGUUUGGGAAUCACACACUUUCCAAGAAGGAAGAUUUCUUUAUCCAAGACAUUGAAAUCUGGGCUUUUGAAUAAAUACAGUGCUCUCAGUCUUAGCAGGGUGAUGGCCCAAACCUGACAUGGACAAGCAUUGUUUGGGACGUUCAAGAAGCAAUACAAUGUAACAUGUUACUCGUGCUUUAAAAUUAAUCCAUAUGACCAUUUAUAACAGUUAUAGUUUUGGAAUUUAUUUUUAAAAUCAUGUUUCUGUCCCAGAGUUUUAGACCAUGGUGUGGGUCCAUGCAGUAUAAAAGUUUGGGUUUUGUCAGGUAUUUGGCAGCAUUUCUAUCAUAGUGACCCACCUCAUCUACAAUCCAUGUUAUCUCAGUCUCUUAAAAGGAUGGUGCUCUUUUGUUGAACCUAUUUUGGUUUUAUUAAAACUAUAUUAAUUGUUUUAGUAGAUCAGUCUAUUUGGGACAUUGAGGGAAUGAAGACUACAUAAUGCUAUAUCCAUGAGGUGGGCACGGGUGAAUUUUGAACAUGCUCGACUUAGUCAUUCUUAAGAAGGGAAAACACAAGCCAAAAUAAUGCAUACUUUAUGUACCACUGAGUUCUAGUUUUAAAUUCACACUACAAUAUUCUCUUUAUUAAUUUUGUAGGUAUUCUGAAUUUCAUUUUAGUAAAAAUCAAAUUUGAGGAGAAUUCUGGUUGAAAUAGACUGCAGUGAGCAUGAUCUGCAGGUUUGGGCAUAGGCUUUCAUCAUUGAAUUAACUGAUAAAGAGUUAUAAAAUGACAAAGGAGAACGAGAACAUGAUGAUUCUACUGGAUUUAAUAUAUCAAGCAAGAAAAUAUUCUACUUAUAUAUUUGUAGUUUAGCAGGGUAUUAUAAGUACACAAACUAUGAAACAGAUGCAUAUUUCUACAACAUUUGUGUCAAGUAUACUGUUUUAUAGUUCUGUUGUUUUAGCCUUAUUGCACACCAACUCCCAAAAUAUAGGUUCCUGUUCAAAAAGGGGGGGGGGGAACUUGUGACUCUUUUGUUAUUAGUUAUCAUUAGCAUUUGCUGUUAUAAAAGGGAAAUGAUUAUAGUAGACAAUAUUGUAACUCAGUAGACUUGUUGAAUAUGGAAACUUACUGUCAAGUGACCUCAAAAAAAAAAAA